UUUUCUUUUCCUUGUAAGUUUUAUUAUUUGAAAAAAAAUGUAUGCAAUAAAUGAAACUAUCACACACCAAAAUUAAGCAGAGCUAAGUUCGUCACUAGCUGAACAUCUUCUAUACAGAUAGAAUUGGCAUUCAAAACAGAAGCUCCUUGGAACCUUUAUGCUGUUUUACUCAUUUAAUGUUAAAUAGUAUGCACCCAUCCACCAUCCAAACAAGCAGAACCAUGAUAAACAGAACUAGAAAAACAAUUAGCUUUAUAUUCUCCUUCAUAACUCAUGCCAUUGCCUGCAUUCAGUCCUUCCUCAGCCCUCGUUAACUCUCCCAGCUUACCUCAGAGAGUCCACUAAGUCAGCCAUCAUGGUCUAGCUCCAGGUACUUCCAUACUUAGUUGAGGCUAGUACUCUCCACAAGCUGCCUUCCAAACCCCCUCUCUUCUUUUCUCUUCUUCUCCUUUCUCUCUCUCUCUUUCUAUUAUCCUCUACCUGCUUCCCCGUCUUUGCCUCAGUCCCUCUCCCUCUCUGCACCUCUGCUUAGGACCAAACCCAGGGCCUCUUGAAUAUCAGGAAAAAAAUCUAUCAUUGAGCUGUAGCAUCAUCGCCUGCCUUAAGCAGGACAGCCCAGCGAUCCUGGUGACUUACCCUCCUAAGUGGCUGAGGUUACAGGCUUGUACCACCAAGUCCACCUGAUGCUUUUGUUAAUAACAUUACCUCUUCCGAAAUUUGGUUUUGGUUGUUUUGUUUGUUUUGCAAGACAGACUGGGGGACAUGGAGCACAAUUUGUGGGAGCUCGUUCUCUCUAUCACCUUGUGGUUUUCAGGUGUCAAACUCAGGCCCGGCAGCAAAUGCUUUUUACCCAUUGAGCAUUUUGGCUACCUCACACGUUUUACCCUAUUCCGUUACAGGACAGUGCUUCACAGAACACUAAGUUUUCUGGAGCAAAUGCUGUAGAAGUGCCAUGCCCAGCUCACAAAACAAAAGAUACCCUAUCUUGGUCUCGAACGAUCAGACUAGGGAGUGUAUCAGUUUAAGUAGUCCAUCAAGAUACCCUCAGAUUCUCAGCAGAGAAAGCAGUAAACAGCCUAACAAGGCCAGAUUCAGGUGGCUCAUGGAAUGGUGAAUGGAAGCAGAGGAGUCCAUCUGUCCCUGUUGACAGCAACUCCUUUCUUUCUCCCUUCCUGAGAAUGAGAGAACAAGGUGUCAAACUGGAGUUCGCCCAAGAGUUCCGGGGGUUCAUCUGCAUGGGGGGAAAACCCACAUCACUUCGGGAGGAAAAGGGAGAUUCAAGGCAUUUUGGUGCACUGUUUUGACACAGGCUUUUAAGUAUAAGUUCAGUUGCCUCUCUCAGUCUAUAGGUUUUGCUCUCACUGUGAAGUUUUGAUUUCACGGUAGAUAGCCCUGAGAGUAUUCUAGCUUAAUACUUUUGCCUGGUUAGAGAAUAGCUGUGUUCUGUCUGUAACGGUAACAACUCAGAAAGUAAUUCUGGGUAUAAAUGUCUGUAUGGUUUGUCUUUAGCUGAGAUGUCUGAAAAUCUAAUUCUAUGCUUUCUCACAAGUGACAAGGGCUGAUUAUGGGAAAGAUGAUCCUUUAGGGUUCAGUGUGAAGGUCAUCUAACAGACAUGUAAUGCAGGCCAUUCUUGUAGGGGACUCAAUCUCCAUGAGCCAGACUUGGUGAUUUAAAGAAGUAAAUAUUUAAAGGCUAUUUCAAUUCGCAGAUGUUAGACGGGACUGGUGGUGGUAAUGGGGGUAGGAAGGAAAGAAGCGGGACACCUUUGUGGUAUACAUCAUCACACUGAAGCCUUUGGAGAGUAGGAAUCCCGCCUCACGUAUAUAUGUGUAUAUGCAUGUACAUAUAAAUAUAGACUCUUGGCUGACCAAUCACCGUUUCACAAACACAAGGAACAUUAAUAGGGCUGUAUACUAACCGGGCCAAUUUUCAUUAUAUAUUUAUAUUCUGUAUACUAGGGGAGAAUUUCAAACUUUGAUCUACACUGUAUUGAAGCAUCAGAAACCUACUCAGCCUCCUGAAAUAGAAAGUAAUUUGACAAAAUUGCUUGAGUUCAAAAGAAAGCAGCCAUCACAGAAGCCUAGUGGCAAUCAGAGAGCCAUUAUGGAGUGGCACACAGAGACAAACAUAAUGGGAGCAUUAGUCGUCCUACCUGGAAGCUGGGUCAGGGGCUGUCAGAAUGAGUGUGGAGGAGUUUCUGGGACCCAGGGUUUCAGCCUGGCAGGAAGACUUACAAGCAUGGUCUUCCACCCUUGGGUAUGGAAAAGCAUUUGACAUCAGCUUCUAGUCUUGACUCCUCUUCCCUACCCCACCCCCAAUCUCAGUAUUUUAAUGUUUCUAACCUACAAUUCUUAAAGCGCUGCAAAUUUUCGUGGAUUCCCCCCCCCCCCCCAGCCAUACGGAUGCCUCAAUUGAAAAGCAAACCAAAUGCGGACAAGCUUUACGUAGAAGGAAAAUUUGUUUGAAAGUGACUAUAACGUUGAAGGAGGGACACGGGCGCUAAAGGGACAGACAGAUCAGAAGGCUGAAGGGUUAAUGAAGAUUAACUAGAGUUCCCACCUGUGAAUAGAAGAGGCUUUUGACAGUCCAUAAGUGAUUUCCCAGUAAUGCGCUCAGGGUUCUCAGAGUCAAUAAUUUCCACCAAUGGCUGAUAAUGAUCAUGUAAAAGCAUUAGAUCACAGGAGAAAUAUGCCUUGCCACUCAGAGCAUGGCUUGGCGUCCUUGGAUUUCAGGGUAGGGAGUGGUGCUUUCAGCCUCAGCCUCAGAGGCUAUAAGCACAUUUGAGAGAGAGAGAGAGAGAGAGAGAGAGAGAGAGAGAGAGAGAGAGAGAGCAUAUUAGUAUCUAAGCCUGUCUUCUUCCUGCAUAGUUCCUUUUAGGCCAUUCUCUGCAGGAAGGACAGACAUAAUGAUGUGGCCUUAGCUUACAUAGCUGCUACAAAGCCUCCCACCCUAUAUUCAGCUCCUGUGUGCCAGGGCAGAGGCUGGGUUUGUUUUAUCCAGUCUUGUGUUCAUUAGGACCGCUUGGAAGUGAAAUUCAUUACACUGCUGAUCUCAAGCAACAAAAAUCAGGGUCAUCCAGAAAUGCAGUAUGAAACAGAAGGAAGACGACUAAUAAUGAUUUGUUUCCCUGCGCUCUCCCAGAAGUGCUUCAGAAACAUGAGGUACAUUUGGACGUUGCAGGGAUCCUCAGAAGUACAGCUUCUGACUUGGUAGGCCUCCAGUUGGCCCUGAGAUGUGUUUCUACAGGCCCUAGGCUUUAUGGAUGCUCUGCUCCAUGAGUACCAAACUCUAGAGAGCGUGAAAGGUCACUUUGUCACUCAUGAUCAGACACUGACGAUCAGACCACCUGGAGAGGGUUCGAGCAGUGACCCCAUGUGUGCGGAGAGCACACUCUGGGAGUCACUACUGCGCUCCUUCAGCAGACUCCAGCUCUCACAGCCCUGCUCUGGGAGGCAGCUCUGAGUUACCUGUGGGAACCCGAUACUUACUUGGGAUGAAAAAGGAGUGAGUUCCUUCUGUGCUUUCCUACUGCCCAUCCUCAUAGUUUUUGUACGGUAGUGAAAUCAGUUGGACUCAGUGUUCUGUUUCUAAAAGAUGAUAUUGUUGAUGCACAUAUUUAUACAUUUGUAUGUACAAACACAUAAUCAGUGCAUGGUUAAUAAUACAUUUGUAUUAUGUAUAUAAUAUUGAUUGUAUAUAUUAUAUAAACGAAUAUAUAUUAUACAAUAAUAUAAAUGCACUAUUGUUUGUAAAACUUGUGUGUGUAAUUAAUGAUAAAAGUGUAGUUUUCCUAAUUCUAACUCUGUACUGAAGGCAACCCAGUUAUAAUGAAGGUAAAUAGGUUUUGUCAGAAUUUUACGUGUCUUGAUGCCUUACGAUUUCUAAAUUUUUACUCCUGCUCGUUAUCAGUUGUAGGUUGCUUAGUGACUUACGGUAGAGACCCAAAUGAGUGACUAAAAUUGACUGUGCUGUAGAACAAACAAGGAGGGAGACGUGAAUCAGCUGCAGUAGUAACUGCCUCUCCUCUGAGGAAGCCAGUUCUCUAGGCUCCACCCUGUAGGCUGUGUAUAGUUCUUCUGAGGAAGCUAUCCUAACAGCUCAGUGAAACUGUCCUACAGGCAGGUAGCCUUCCUCCCUCCUGUGGCUAGCCAGCCUCAUGGGAGCCCCACAAACAGUGUGGGUUGAAAGUCAGUAAUGUUAGCUCUUGUUGCUUGUCACUGUGGACGGAGCAUCUGGAGGAAGGUUUCCAGCCACACAGGUACUCCUUACUGUUCGAUAUGCAGAAACUCCUCAGUGAGGGCUCACCAUAGGCAAAGCAACUUUUCAGAUGCUGUGGGCCGAGUAAAAUGACUAAACACAAAUCCUGUUCCCCGAGGGGGAAAAAUGCCUAAAGCAGUAAUGUCUGUCAGAAAGAAGCUACUUGGUUCCUGAGAACUCCACGGUAAAGCAGAGGAGAAAAUUCGCCAGACCGUGUGCUGGGCAGCUUUCCUUCCAGUUCCUAAGGCGCCAGCAGCAGGAGGGUUGCGGCAGUGCGUUCCGGGUGUGCCAGCUGUAUGAUUUACACCCAGCAUAUGACUGGGGAGUGCUGCUGGAUUUCUCUUCAACACAUCCUAAUUAAAAAAAGAAAAAGGCACCACCUUUAUCAUGGCCGUGUAUUGCUCUGGGGGUCAGCCAGUAUGAGGCUCUAGCACGCCCAUUUACAGUGUGGCCACCAAGGCAGAGGACCUAGAUUCAAAUUCCUGCCUGACUGGCAGUUUAGGUAGGUAGACCCUUACUUAACAUCCCUAGGUGCCCCUCCCACCUCGGCUCUAAAAUGCAGCUGGCAAUGGUACAUAUGCCAUAGGGUUAUUGGGAGAGGAAACACAAGGAAAGGAAACACACGUAAGGUGCCUGGCCUCAGUAAAGCACACAUGUUUUACAUGGUUGCAUAUCGUGUAAGAUUUGUGCUUUCGUCCAUCCCUUCUGUUUGGUUAGGAUACAGAGGACCAUUCAAGGCAGGAGCAUCGUUUUAACUGACUGCUUUGCACUGCUGUCACAGCCCUAGCCAGCACUCAGUAGGCCCCAUUGCCACACCAUCCAGACAAACACUCCAGGACACUGCCAUCUGGAAUGAGAGUCCAGGGGUCUGGACCAGAGUAAGACAGAGCCUUGCAAAUGUAUCCCACAAGAUGAAACUUGUCAGUGUGAUACCUUACAAAAGGGCUAUUCAUCCCCUUGGGAGCGGAGAGGACUGGCUGGGGGGGUGGUGAGGGAAUGGAAUAAAAGGAUUUAGAUUUGGAUCUGGGCUGUGAGAAGAAAAUAUUUGCCUGAUAGAAGCAGGCCUACCAUAAAGCCCAUUGAGCUGUGUUUAUAUCACAAGUCUAACACAAAUUGAAUUUAAAAAUAUUUACAGAGGUAAACCGCUAAAGUUGAGCCUGCGAGCAGAGGUUGAGAUGCGGGACAAGGUUCUAUUGGAUGGCAUUUUCCUUCAGACCUGUUCGUAACAAUGUUGCGGUUGCUCAGGAAUGUGUACUGGAGAAUUGAUUGACUAGUGCCUUUGCAAUUUUCCGUGUGAGCAUUUCAGAAGGUAAGGCCUGUUGCUAAGUGGAAGCUUGGCCUUUGAGUUCUUCUGUGGCUGGUUUCCUCUGCAAACCAUUACUGAAAAGUCAUAGCAUUUUUGUUAGUUUGUUUAUGGGAGUAUUAAUUUGAUGCGCAUGAGUAUGCUUGAGUGUGCCUGUGAACUUCUGUUUGUCUGCUUCUUUGAGCCAAACAUCCUCCAGCUGUGGACCUUUCCCUGGCUUCCUGUAAAACCCAAAAACAAACCCAGAAGCCAUGGGGAAAGCUUAAAGAGAGCGAGAAAAAAGAAAGCGUGCUUCUGUAGAAAAGCCCGCCACUGGCUGAAUCUUAAAAGAAAGUUGAUGGAUCUCUUUCUCUUGCCCAUGUUAAAAGGACAAAGCCGUGCUCCUGGGGCAGAGAGGGGUUUCUGUGGGUUGGAAUCAGUCUCAGUCCUGGGCUUAGUGCUCAUUCCAGACGAUGAAACUUCUACAUCUCAUAAACGAUUUGGAAAAAAAGAAAUGUAGUGGUCAGUCCCCGUUGGUCAUGGGGGAAAAAAUGGGAAACAUCUGUCUUACAGGUCACCUUAAAUGAUAGUUUUUGUUCCAUGUGGGGCGCCCGACUCAGCUCACAGUGAGAUCUCUCGGGCUGCAAGUUUUUGUGUCUAUUUUUAUCCCGCAGUCUACUGGCUUCAGAGUGCCUCACCAAACUCCAGUUCACGCUGGGCCCUGAACUGGGGUCAGGUCAGCUGGCUGAAGCCUCCUGUCCCUCCUUUCCCUUGUUGGGAGCAGGAAAGGUGCUGUAGAGGAGUCUGGGCCAGAUCAUUCAGGGAAGGUGACAGCAGAUGGUAGGCAGGCCGGACUCUCAACAAGCCAGUCGUCAGGAACGGAGUGCACCUUACAGCAGGCAGCUGCCCGGUGCCCGGGAGAAAGAAGCCAGGCAGGCCGGGCGGGGCAGUGUCUGAGGCAGAAAGGGGCAAGGACACCACAGCCAAGCACAGGCUCUUCAUGCCAGCAUGAGUGGUCACCAAGGUACUGGGCAGUUGGCACUUCAUCCUGUCAGGAUUCAUGGGAGAUUAUUUCUUAAGUGAAAUUCUAAAGAGUUAAAGGAUGAAUUUGGACCGUGAUGGAAUGGACGAUGACAUCAUCAGUCGAGAAUCUCCAUUGGAUUUGGAGGGGAAUUAUAAAAAGGCACAGAAGAAUGAGAGAGAGUCUAUCAGACAGAAGUUGGCACUCGGAAGCUUCUUUGACGAUGGCCCCGGAAUCUAUACCAGCUGCAGCAAAAGCGGGAAGCCAAGCCUUUCCUCGAGACUACAAAGUGGGAUGAACCUCCAGAUAUGCUUUGUCAACGACAGCGGCAGUGACAAGGACAGCGAUGCCGACGACAGUAAGACUGAGACCAGCCUGGACACGCCCUUGUCCCCCAUGAGCAAGCAGAGUUCUUCCUACUCUGAUAGAGACACCACCGAGGAGGAAUCUGAAUCCCUGGAUGACAUGGACUUCCUUACAAGGCAAAAGAAGCUACAAGCUGAAGCCAAAAUGGCCCUGGCCAUGGCCAAACCAAUGGCCAAAAUGCAAGUAGAAGUGGAAAAACAGAACAGGAAAAAGUCUCCCGUCGCUGACCUUCUGCCUCACAUGCCUCACAUAAGCGAAUGCUUGAUGAAAAGAAGCUUAAAGCCCACCGACCUGAGAGACAUGACUAUCGGGCAGCUACAAGUGAUCGUCAAUGACCUUCACUCCCAGAUUGAGAGUUUGAAUGAAGAGUUGGUCCAGCUGCUCCUCAUUCGAGAUGAGCUGCACACAGAACAAGACGCCAUGCUGGUGGACAUAGAAGACUUGACUAGACACGCUGAGAGUCAGCAGAAGCACAUGGCUGAGAAAAUGCCCUCGAAGUGAAAGAGAGCCAUCCACCAGAGGACAAGCUAGAAUUUAUUUUGCUUCUGUGGUCGUAAAAAAUGCUGUUGCUAAAGGUGGCUCCGAAAGAGACAUCGGUGUUAGUCAUUGGUAAUGUCCACGCUUCCUGUCCCGUGACUGGCCUUCGCUUCUUAAUUUAUUUUAAUUUAAUUCUUUUUUUUUUUUUACUCUCUCCACUUACUAUCAGGCCUUUUAAUAAAAUAUCGUUACGAGAACUGUACAGUACUUACACCACCAACAACCGUGGAUAAGCAGAGGGUAGUUUUAACUUUAUUUUUAUUUGUUUAGCUAAACUUUAAGUUGGAGCAGUAUUUUACCAUUGACCAUUUCAUUCUUCACUGUAGCUUUGAAGAGGAACUGUAAAUGACGGUGCUAACAAGUCAAAAUACAUGCCUGCCUCGUAGUGAAGUCGUAGCUCUCCAUACUACGUAUAUUUUAAUCAGUUUUCAACAUUUUGUGAAUGUUGACUACCUGAGGUUUAUUCUUAGAUGUGCUAUUAACAUUCUGUCGGAUCCACAUGGUUCCUUGAAAGUUUUAUGUAUAAAUAUGUAAAAUAAAAAUUAAAACUUUGUUUCAUAUGA